AUGGGAACUGGCGCGAACGCCAAGGAGCAAAUCGCAAUCAGCAAGGAGAUUACCAAGAGCACGACCAAUACGCGGUCGGACUGGAUCGGCACCAUUUCAUGGCUGCAGAAGUUUGUUGCUGGCGAGGUGCAGGGGCACGACUUUCAAGUGCUCCUCAACAACUACAGUUAG